AUGGCUAAUGACUCCCUGACGAGGGGACACAUAAUCGGGGAUGUCUUAGACCCGUUUACUGGCUCAGUGCCUCUAACUGUCAUGUAUGAUGGCAGACCAGUGUUUGAUGGGAUGGAGUUUCGGGCGUCGGCGGUGUCGGUGAAACCUAGAGUUGAGAUUGAGGUUAUGGUGGAUCCUGAUGCGCCUAAUCCCAGCAACCCUACCCUACGGGAAUACUUGCAUUGGAUGGUGACUGACAUCCCAGCAUCAACGGAUGAUAGCUUUGGCCGAGAGGUCAUACCAUAUGAGAACCCAAGCCCCACCAUGGGCAUCCACCGUAUUGUCUUGGUGCUCUACCAGCAACUGGGGCGGGGCACGGUGUUUGCACCGCAAGUACGUCAGAACUUCAACUUGCGCAAUUUUGCACGCCGUUUCAACCUCGGCAAGCCUGUGGCCGCGAUGUACUUCAACUGCCAGCGUCAAACGGGCACAGGUGGGAGACGGUUCACUUGA